AUGGACCUGUGUGGAGUAAGUGCAUGCAAGAAAUGGAACUUUUACUUGGGGUUUUCGCUAAUCGUAAACAGAUCAACAAACGAUAGCCUUUGAUCUCUCCACAUCUUGGUCAACGAAAUCAGUUUCUCCCGUUGUUAGCAACAAAACCGACUCGAAUCCACUCGCAAGGAGACCGGAUAUUUGGUACGAUCCACUAAGCAGAGAUGGUCUACUCUAUGGGUGGCUGGGGCUAUGAAUUUGCUGGAAAUUGGUACAGAAACUCUACGCCUGUGAGUCUAUGGGGGUUCAAACCGCGGAAGAGUGGCGUCGUCUAAUGGCAGGAACAACCUUGGAGUCCGAAGUAAAACGCCGCGAAUCUGUCUUCGAAUGUCGUUUGGGGAUUAAUAGUUACUUCCUCGAAAGCGCACUAUAGCCUCGGUGGAGGUUUUCUGAUUGACCCGGAACAUGGGUCCGAUAAUGCUCAAUCACUUCAAGAGAUUGUGUCCUAUAGCUUUUCGGAACAAACCUGGGCCAAUCAAUCAAUACCAAACAAGUAUUAUCUCUUUGGCGAGGGACAGUUUAUCGAACAUUAUGGUCAUGAAUGUGUCGUUUUGAUUUUUGGUGGUCAGUGGUCUGCGUCAACCUCAGAAAAGAAGAGUAGUUUGCAAAGCCUGGAUACAAUCUUGAUCUACGAUAUUCAAAGUAAGAAGUUCUACGAACAGGAGGCCUCAAACCCACCUGCUACUCGUGCACAGUUCUGUUCGGUCGGCGCUGGUACAGCUGACAAUUCUUCCUAUGAAAUGUACGUCACUUCAUUUUCUAAGACUGCUCUGUUCUAAUCGCAGUUUGCAGUUUCAUUUACGGCGGACAAUUUGGGGGAGGAGGAGAUAUUCCUCAAUUCAAUGAUAAGGAAGAUCUCAAGAGCGUACACAUCUUGACAAUUCCAGCUUUCACCUGGAUCAAAGCAAACACCGAAGCAGUAUCGCGAGCCUUUCACACUUGCAAGAAGGCCGGAAAAUGA